AUGUCUAAGGGGGAGCAGGUUGUUUGUGGCCUUGACGAGUAUUUCCAGGAACGAGGGCCGACUGUCACAUUCAGCAACUUGCACUACUGUGUUCAGGAGACGAGAUUCUGCCGCAAGAUUGGAUCUGAAAAAUAUAUUCUGAAAGAUGUGAGUGGCAUCAUGAAACCUGGGAUGAAUGCCAUCAUGGGCGCAACAGGAAGCGGUAAAACAUCUCUGCUGGAUGUAAUAGCAGGAAGAAAAGACCCUGCCGGUCUGCGCCAAGGAAACGUCUUGGUAAACGGAAAAGCUGUCACAUCUGAUCUCAGGCUUAGCUCUGCUUAUGUGGUUCAGGAUGACAUCCUGAUGGGAACUCUGACUGUGAGAGAGAAUCUGUUGUUCAGUGCCAACCUCCGUCUCAACCCUGAGCAUCACUCCUCCACAGAUAAACACGCCAGAGUAGAUGUCAUCAUACAAGACCUGGGCCUUACAGACUGUGCAGACACUAAGAUAGGGACAGAGUUUCUGCGUGGUGUGUCAGGAGGUGAGAGGAAGAGGUGCAGCAUCGGGAUGGAGCUCAUCACUUCUCCGUCUCUGCUGUUUCUGGAUGAACCAACUACAGGACUGGAUUCCAACACUGCAAACUGUAUCAUCAGUCUACUGCAAAGGUUGUCCAGGAGAGGUAAGACAGUGAUCUUCUCCAUCCACCAGCCUCGCUACUCCAUCUUCAGACAGUUUGACCAUCUGACUCUGAUGCAUAAAGGGGAGGUGGUGUAUGCAGGAGCAGCAGACCAUGCACUGGAAUACUUCACAGACCUCGGCUACCAAAUUGAGUCCUUCAACAACCCUGCUGAUUUCUUUAUGGAUGUCACAAAUGGAGAGGCGAAAUCAACAUUUGAGUCAGUCACCGCAGCUGAGUGUAGAAACCCAUUGGCAGCAACAUAUCGCCAGUCACAACUGUGCCAGAAAGUUCUUGAGGAGUUGGACCAUGUGAACCAGAGCACUGCUGAAGGGGUCGCAGGUCAAGAUGAGACAGCCAGCUAUGCUACCUCUUUCCUCUAUCAGAUGCGUGUGGUGUGUGGCAGGACAGUGCUGAACACGCUGAGGAAUCCUCAGACCUCUUAUGCCCAGUUGGCUCUCAACAUCUUUUUUGCAGUUCUGGUGGGACUCAUUUAUUACCAGAUGCCCUUGACACUGCCCGAGGCUUUACAGAACAGGAGUGGUGCGUUCUUCUUCCUUAUCAUCAACAUGGUAUUUGGGAAUCUCUCUGCGGUUGAACUCUUUAUCAACGAAAGGGCAAUCUUCAUUCACGAGAACUCAAGCGGCUAUUAUCGUACUUCUGUCUACUUCCUGUCCAAGAUCUUUGCUGAUCUCAUCCCCAACCGCAUCAUCCCCAUCUUUGUGUUUUCAGCCAUCGCCUAUUACAUGAUGGGGUUGAAGCCUGCCUUCGAGGCCUUCAUGUGUUUUGCUCUGACCAUGUCUCUGGUCAGUCUGGCAGGAGUCGCUCUGGCUUUCCUCGUCUCAGCAAGUGUCUCUUCAUUUGCCAUGGCUAACAUCCUCAUUGCUCUACCCUUCGUCUUCAUGAUGGUUUUCGGUGGUUAUCUUGUCAAUCUCAACUCCAUGCUGAGCUGGCUGUCUUGGCUGAAAUGGAUCAGUAUCUUCAGAUAUGGAUUGAAUGCGGCAUUCAUCAACGAAAUGAAAGGACAGUUGUUCUACAGCAACAGCACCAUCAUUCCAGGGGAGCUGUUCCUGAAAAGCCAGGACAUCGACUACUCUGUGUGGGGCUUCUGGCAGAACCAGGUGGCUCUGCUGGGAAUCAUAGCUGUCUGUAUGUUCCUGGCCUACGUGCAGCUGCGACGAAUCAACCGCUGGAAAUGAUGCCUGUCCAUCUGCUUAUGUACACCACAGAUGCACUGUGUG